AUGGCAAAAAGAGUUGAAUGGGCCAUGAAAUUUGAAAUCUAUAGAACUGAGAAAGAUAGUGGUACUGUCAACAGCAAUGGCAAGGAGGUGAGAAUUGGAAGAAAAGAUAAGAAGUUCAAUUUUCAAGAGGCUUUGACAUCAAAAUUGUGUGUUCGAGAAGCAGGCAAAGAAUUUAUUGUAUUGGAGGGAGCAGCACAGGUACACUGCAACACUGGAGUGAGUUCAGGUGCUGCAAUGGGUGCUGCUGAUGAAACUGGAGCUUCUGUUGCCUUGCUCUGCAGAACACAACUGGAGCCAGUACUUUCAAAGGGGAACAAUUGCUUGGAUGCAGCAAAAGCUUGUAACCUAAAUGAUACCUGCAAGAGGUUCAGAUCUGCUUACAUAACCCCCUGCACCAGCAGCACGUCUAAUGAAAUCUGUAACAAGCGGAAGUGUCAUAAGGCCCUCCGGCUAUUUUUUGACAAAGUUCCCCCAAAGCACAGCUAUGGGAUGCUCUUCUGCUCCUGUCGAGACGUAGCCUGUACAGAAAGGAGACGGCAGACUAUUGUUCCUGUGUGUUCAUAUGAGGACAGGGAGAAACCAAACUGCCUGAAUUUACAAGAAUCCUGCAAGAAGAAUUACAUCUGCAGAUCUCGCCUUGCAGAUUUCUUCACAAACUGCCAGCCUGAGUCACGGUCUGUUAGUAGCUGUCUGAAGGAGAACUAUGCUGACUGCCUCCUCGCUUACUCGGGGCUUAUUGGCACAGUGAUGACACCAAACUACAUAGACUCAAACAGUCUCAGCGUUGCCCCAUGGUGUGACUGCAGCAACAGCGGUAACGACAUAGAUGAAUGCCUGAAAUUUCUCAAUUUCUUCCAGGACAAUAUAUGCCUUAAAAAUGCAAUUCAGGCCUUCGGCAACGGUACUGACGUGAACGUGUGGCAGCCGAUCUUACCGGUACAGACCACUACAGCCACUACAACAACAGCUUCCAGACUUAAAAACGCAGGUUCAGAGACCACCAACAAUGAAAUACCCACCCACAACGAUUCACCAGCGUGUGCAAACCUGCAGGCACAGAAGAAGCGGAAAUCCAAUGAAUCUGUAGACACAGAGCUCUGUCUUAAUGAGAAUGCUAUUGGGAAAGACAACACAGCAGGAGUCUCCACCAGUCACAUAUCUUCAGAGAAUUCGCUCGCUCUUCCUACAAGCUUCUAUCUAAGCACAUCGCUCACUCUGAUGACACUUGCACUCUCAAUUUGUUUGUUCCUAAGCUCAUCAGUCGUCUUGUAGCUGCAUUACAAAAGGACAUGUAAAAAAAAAAAAAAAAUCUGUUUCCUGUCCUCUGUUGUUUAUCUGGAAUUCCAGGUCUGGGAGCUAAGCUGAGGCACUCCUGCUAGAACAGUUUCAGUCAGCUGGAAUUAUUUUUUUUUCUCUCUAAAAAAGCUUCUUGUGAUAUUUAGAGGCUUUGUGAAAUACUUGGUGCAGUGCUACAUUCCAAACCCAAAAGGCUUUUGGGCAUGCAGUGUUUUAAGGAGACAGUGUGUAAAUUUGCCUGUAAAGCGACCUGGUUGGAUUAUUUUAAUAAUAGUUAUUUUAAUUCUGGCUUUUACCCAAGAAAGAGGAUGGCAGUUUUCUUAAGAUCCUAUUUAUCUCAUUGAAUGGUUUUGGUUUUCAAAUUGAUUGAACUUCAGACUAUCAAGGAUGCCAGGCUGUUGUCUAACGGUGAAUGUUCUCCCAGAGAGUGGACUCUAUGAAAGUUCUUCAUUUGAUAAAUUGCUACUGAUGUUAAACUCUUUCAGUGUAUUAGCAUUUUCCUCUUUAAAUGUUUACGUACUGUAAGUGAUUCUGCGUUCCCUGCUGAGAAGCCAUUAUAAUUCGCAUACAGGUAUAAUGUACGUCUUUCAGUUAAAUUCUCCUAAAAAUAGAGUGUGGCAUAGACCUUUCUAACAGUACAUUUAUUUUUUAGUUAUAAUCAUCUAGCCUUAACAAGGGUGAAGAUUCUUUAAAUUAACAAGAAGCAGCCAUUGUGAAAGCUUGAUAAAGAUAUAUGUCUUUAAAUUU